AUGUUGUGGUCACAGGAGUUGGAAGUUGACAGGGUAAAAGCUAGUUGUGGUAACGAAAACUCUUUGGUUGGGAGGGUUGAUGUAGAAGUUCCUACUGAAGUUGUCAACUUCAGUAACACGACAGAGAAGGGCACGCCUAACAACAGCAGAUGUUCAAUUAGUGCUGUCAUUGAUUGUACUCGUUACAGUUCAUUAAAGAAACUUGUUCUGGUUACUGGGUAUGUGAUACGUUUCAUAAAGAACGUACGGAAACGAGUAAAGAAACAAGACGAUCUGGUUUGCGAGGACGUAUUGACUGUCAGUGAAUAUAACGCAGCGUCACACAUGUGGAUAAAGGACGAGCAGUUAUUAAUGAAAGAACAAGAUAAUUAUGCCAACCUCUGUGCUUCACUUCGCCUAUUUGAAGACAAAGAUGAACUGUUACGACUAAAGGGACGGUUUGCUAAUACGUCAUUAAAGCAUGAAGAACAACACCCAGUUAUACUUCGAAGCAAAAACGAUAGUUAUUUCACUCG